AUGGUUAACUCGGAAAUACAGACUUCCUCCCUUUUUGACGGUCGGGUCACUGCUAAUUCGUUGGGUGGUUUACCGUUUGAUGACUCAAAUUCAAUUAAACCCACAAGAGUUCGUUGGUUUUACAAAGACGAAGCGACAAAAAGAUGGAUCCCCUUUAGCGGCUAUGACUCGAUUAUUAUCGAGCUCAAUUACCUCAAUCUUCUGAAAACCCGCGGGUCUGGGCAUUCUGUUGAAACUGUUGACAGUCUUAGACCUCUUCUCGUUCGAGAAGGUCUUUACGAGGUCGAUAUUGUUACUAAUCAUUGCUAUCCUGUGUACUGGGAGUCUUCCACAGGUCCAACUGAUAUAUUACGCGGGACAUGGUUCAAAGAUCCUGGCGGACCAAACUGUGUUCCCAUUGACGACGAAUCAAUGGUAGAACAGCUUGAAUCCACGCACGCUUUGCUGAGUCGCCGGCUAUUUGAUACAGAAUCAAUACGGUCCGAUAGUUUGUCACCCAAAUUGGAUAGCGAAGAUGAGACCGGUGUUCACACGCUGAAAUUUGCUGACUGCCAUGUCGACUGGUAUUCAUUGGAUGAGGUCUACCUUUACGUGGAAAGUGCUAGUUUCUUCAUUCGACAGAAAUUGGGCAUGCAAAAGGUUGGAACUCGUCUGGGUCGUGGCUACCACGAAGAGGCAGGGUUUGAUCCGGAACCUCCGAGUUUUUCACACCUUUGCUUCGUAGUCCAUGGAAUGGGUCAGAAAUACCUCAAGGGUUCCAUCAUUACUGCCUGUGAUGGAAUUCGUGAGACCUCCAGAAAGCUCAUUGAUUCCUAUUUCCCCGACAUUCGGGCCUCAAAACAUCGAAUUCAGUUCCUCCCAGUCGAGUGGCGUAAUUCCCUGCGUCUCGAUGGAAACAUCGUUAACUCCAUCACUCUUGACAACUUGACGCGUUUACGGACCUUUCUUAACUGCACCUUCAUGGAUAUCAUGUACUACACUAGCCCCCUCUACCGCCACGAGAUUAACCAGAGUCUGCGAGUAGAACUGAAUCGGCUCUACUGUCUAUUCUGUGAGAGGCAUCCGUACUUCGAAGAACAAGGUGGAAAGGUGUCCAUUUUGGCACACUCACUCGGCUGUGUCAUCUCCUACGAUCUCAUUACAGGAUGGAUCGAACCGGUCACCCAUUACAUUCAGCCACCUCUUUACGUGGAAAAGAAGGAACAGGGUUUGGAAGACGUGCCGUUGUCGAAGCUAACAAGAGGCAGCAACAUUAGCAAUGGUAUUGGUGACAUCGACGGAGACAGCGAAGAUCCCUCCGUUCUACUUGCCAAACUGGAAGCCGCAAAAGAAGUUGUAAAAUGUCUUGAAACUCAAUUAGAAAGGCGACAGCUCAAGGACUUUGCCCACAGGUCUUCUGACAACUGCCAGUCAUUGGUUUUCGCUUCAAGGUUGGAAAACCUCUUCUGUAUGGGUUCCCCUCUCGCCGUCUACCUGACUCUGAGGGGUGUUCAACCGGGCCAGACCGGUGCCACUGACACCAUUAUGCCGCGAUCAAAGUGUUCCUACAUCUACAACAUCUUCCAUCCCGCUGAUCCAGUGGCCUACCGACUGGAACCGCUUCUCUUAAAAUGCUACUCCAGUGUUCCUCCUGUGGAUAUUUACCGAUGCACAGAUGCCUCUAAGAUUCCCUACCAAAUCGCGCACGCAAUGAACGCCCCCUCCCUCACUGCCCAAAAUUCCGCUCCUCCAGGGAUGCUAUAUGACGACCAAAAUCAAAGUUAUGACUCCUUUCCGGGCCCUACCUCACAUUCGUUGCUUGGAUAUGGCAAUUCUUCGAUGGAUUCCCUCAAUUUUAUUGGUAGUCAAUUCAGGCGACGUCUUCCUCUAUCCUCCUUAAUGUUCGGAUUUUUCCGAGAUUACAAGGAAUCCCAUACUCAGCCUACACCACUGCAGCAGCAAACAUCAUCUCCGCCGGCACAAGUCUCUGUAAAACGCCAUAAGCCCUCCUCUCCGCCUUCUGAACCCUCAAGAGCUCACUUUUGCGUGGAAGAUGAGGAAGUGGAGGAGGAGGCGUUAUCACACUCAGCAGCCACCUUCAAUUUCCCCACCUCCUCUCCUUCUUCUCCCCUUGACGUCUGUUUUCACGAUGCUGGGGCAUUGCCUUUGUCCUUAGAAUACCGUAUGGAUUAUCAGUUGAAGGGGAGUCGGUACGAGUCCACUUACCUCUCCGCCCUUACCGUGCACACGGGAUACUGGGUAAACGCGGAUCUUGUCAUGUUUGUGCUCAUGCAGUGCCAUCCUGACUCUACGCCUAUUGACAGCCCCAUGACACCGCUGUGA